AUGUCUAAGGUGUCCUUUCAGCAAACUGAAAAGUCGAAGCAAGUUUAUGAGCUGGAAUCCAAGUACGGUGCUCACAACUACCACCCGCUAGAAGUAGCCUUGUGUCGUGGCGAAGGAGCCUAUGUGUGGGAUGUUGAAGGAAAUAAGUACCUUGAUUUUCUGUCCGCGUAUAGUGCGGUGAGCCAAGGUCAUUGCCACCCAAAAAUUGUGAAGGCCUUCAUCGAUCAAGCUCAACAGCUCACACUUGUCUCAAGGGCCUUUUAUAGCGAUGUCCUCGGCAAAUACGAGGAGUACAUAACGAAGUUGUUUGGAUAUGAUAAAGUUCUUCCUAUGAAUACAGGUGUGGAGGGAGGCGAGACAGCUCUCAAAUUGGCUCGCAAGUGGGGUUACCAAGUGAAGAAGAUACCGGAGAAUGAAGCUAUUAUCAUAUUUGCUGAAGGUAAUUUCUGGGGCCGCACACUAGCUGCAUGCUCGUCGUCUACUGAUCCAACUUGCUACUCUGAGUAUGGGCCAUUUAUGCCUGGUUUCAAGAUUGUACCUUAUGACGAUAUUCCUGCUCUCGAGAAGGAAUUAAAGAAUCCACAUGUUGCUGCUUUUAUGGUUGAACCAAUUCAAGGCGAAGCUGGUGUUCGUGUUCCAUCUGACGGAUACCUUCGUAAAGUCCGCGAGCUCUGCACCAAGUAUAAUGUACUUUGGAUUGCAGAUGAGGUUCAAACCGGUCUUGGUCGUACUGGCCGACGUCUCUGUGUUGACCACGAGAAUGUGAAGCCAGAUAUCGUUAUCCUGGGAAAGGCCCUGUCUGGUGGGUUAAUGCCGGUAUCCGCUGUGCUAGCUAAUGACGAAGUUAUGCUGACAAUCAGGCCUGGUGAACAUGGAUCGACUUACGGAGGCAACCCAUUGGCCUGUCGCGUCGCUAUGGCUGCUCUUGAGGUUCUUGAGGAAGAGAACCUUGCUCAACGUGCCGAUGCUCUGGGGAAACUAUUCCGAGAUUCCCUAGCCGGCUUGCCAAAGGACGUAGUCGUGUGUGUACGCGGCAAGGGUCUCUUGAAUGCCAUUGUUGUCGAUGAUAAAUAUGAUGCUAUGGAUAUUUGCUACAAACUACGCGAUAACGGAAUCCUUGCGAAACCCACUCACAAAACAAUCAUCCGAUUUGCUCCAGCGUUGGUCAUUAGCGAAAAAGAGAUAAAAGAAGCCUGUGAAAUUAUCCACAGGGUCAUUGCUACGUAUGCGCGAUGUUAA